CUUACUAAUACAGUCUCUAUAUUGUAUAUAUUUUUACUUCAUAUAUCAUUCGCGACAAAUAGACUGAGAAACAGUUGCUCACAAUGUCUGGAGACUACAGUAUCUACACUGGGAAGAAAAAGACAUUUUCAGUCCCUGACUAUGUCGUCUUCGGCCUUACUUUGGUCACAUCGGCAGGGAUUGGACUCUUCUACGCCAUCAGGGACAGAAACAGAUCUUCCUCCGAUGAAUACCUCAUGGGAGGCAGAAAAAUGUACACACUACCUGUAGCGAUGUCUUUAACGGCAACGUUUAUGUCUGCGUUGACGUUGUUGGGGGCACCGGCUGAGAUGUAUAUCUAUGCUACUAUGUUUUGGUGGAUAUGUUUGGCUUUCAUUAUUGCCAUCGCAAUUUCGUCCCAGAUUUUCAUUCCAUUCUUUUACAAGCUUAACCUGACAAGCAUGUUUGAGUAUUUAGAGCUGCGAUUCAGCAAACCAGUCCGCGUUAUCGCCUCCAUCACUUUCAUCGUUCAGACAAUUGUAUACAUGUCCUUUGUUUUGUAUGCACCUUCCCUCGCACUGAAUCAAGUAACUGGGUUUUCUUUGUGGGGAUCGGUUGGCGCAGUUGGUGGGGUUGUUACUCUGUAUACUACAUUGGGUGGUAUGAAAGCCGUGCUGUGGACAGACACCAUCCAGGCACUGGUCAUGUUAGCCGGGCUGUUGGCAGUGCUCAUCCAGGGUUCCAUCGUCAUGGGCGGCUUCCAGAACGCCUGGGACAUCGCCGGUAGCCGCGCCAGGAUUAACUUUCAUGAUUUCAGCUUCGAUCCGACUACUCGACACUCGUUCUGGUCGGUUGUGAUAGGCGGAGCUUUCUUCUGGAUGUCGCUGUAUGGAUGUAAUCAAGCCCAAGUCCAGAGAGCCAUAUCAUGUCCAAGUGUUUCCAAGUCACAAAUUGCAAUGAUCCUGAAUCUGUUUGGCCUCAUCGGUAUUAUCAGCCUUUGUUGCAUGAUAGGCAUCGUCAUGUUUGCCUUCUACAGCGACUGCCACCCCAUCAACUUUGAAAAGCUAGUUACCAAGACAGAUCAGUUGGUGCCCCUCUUUGUGAUGGACAUCCUGGGUCACCUCCAAGGAAUUCCUGGAAUAUUCAUGUCUUGUAUUUUCAGUGGAAGUCUCAGUUCCCUGUCUUCCGGUCUGAACGCACUCGGGGCAGUGAUCCCUCACGAUCUCAUCAAGCCAUUCUGUUGUAAGAACCUCCCAGAUAAAGGCAUGGCCAUUCUCUCUAGGAUUAUUGUUAUUAUUUGCGGUUGUUUGGCAAUUGCCCUUGCUUUCGUGGUGUCUCAGCUUGGCAGUGUACUGCAGGCAUCGUACACUGUGUACAGUAUUCUGAACGGCCCAACGUUCGGGCUGUUUGUGCUGGGAAUGUUCUUUCCAUGGGCGAACGCUCGGGGAGCUGUCGUCGGUUGCCUCACCUCCUUAGCAUUCAUGUGCUGGAUUGGCUUUGGUGCCUUUGUCAACGCUGUGCGUACAAGUACACCGCUUCCUACGUCAACUGAGGGAUGCAACUGGAACAUCACUACGACAAUGACGUUGUUAACGCCAAGUACUGUUACACCUUUUACCAGUUCCGUUGAACCAAUGGGAUCCAGGGACCCAUUUCUCCCGAUGUACAAAUUGUCCUACCUGUACUAUACUCCGGCAGCAAUGGCCGUGGUGAUCAUCGUCGGUAUGAUCGUCAGCCUCAUCACGGGCCGCAGAGAUCCUCGGACCAUGGACCCUCGUCUAGUCUGUCCUCUGUUUGACCGGUUCUUCUUCUGUGUAAGAUACUGAUUGACAUGUUAUAGGCC